AUGAGUUAAAAAUAUGCUAGUGUUUUUCAGGUUAUUUUGAAUAUGGGAGUUUUAAAUGCAAUAAUUAAUUUUAUUUUUCAAUAGUUCAAGAAGAGGUUGAAAUAGAUAUAGAAAUCUAUGUCCUUUGGAUAUUUUUAACUACCUGAUGAAAAAGGAUAUGGAUAUGAUUGUCUAGAAUGGUACGAUUUAUAUUUAAGUUAGUCCAUCUUUGAGGAGAACUUCUUCAAUUUACUGUGUUGAUUGUUUGUUCUAUCCAAAAACAUGGUAUCUAAAACCAGUGUGUAAAGAAGAUUAUAAAUAGAAUUUUUUUAAAUAUGAUGAUUAAACUUUGGUCAUUAAAUAGAGGAAACCAGCAUAAAAUGAUGUUUAUCAAAUUGGAAAUAAUAAAUAGAUAAAUUAAUAUUCAGAAUAUGAGGAUUAUUGUUAAUAUUCUUUAUAGAAAAACAAUUACUGUCAUAAAGUAGCUCAUUUUCAUCUUGGAUCUUAACCUACCUUAAAAUGCAAAUAUAAUUAUUUAUGUGAUAUGGUUAAUUAAGUGUGCUUGAGAAGCAAUUUAAUAUGUAAAACAUAUGAUAUUUAGGGACAUUUUAUUGAUUGUCUAACAGGUAUGUACCUAGUUUGGUAUUAUUUUUAUUAAUGCCCGAAUACUUGUACUUUAUGUUAGAAUAAUUGA